AACACUGAAGCGCAUCUGAAGCCCGCCUCGCCCCCACGCGCGGCUUCUCCUACUCGGUUAACUCAACUUCAACAAGUCGGAAGGAAUAAUUCAAGGUUCUAACCGACGAUGCGUUUGCAUCACAGCUGAAAUCCUUCACACCGAAGUCAGUAACUGUCCUCUUGGCCCCCACGUGACGCUUCGGGUUCUUUUACGUUCAGUUUAUGAAACAGCGUAAACUACUUUGUCACAGUGGAAACCCGCCGGAACAAGCGCGUUAACUCACCGAGCAGCUCGUUGGGAAUGCCCUCCGACAUGUCCCCUUCUGCCGGGGCGCACAGCGCGGAGGAGUCCGGGGAGGAGGGCCGGCGGAGCGGCCGCGCCGUGGGGGGGGAGAGAGGGGAGAGACGGAGAGGGGCCGGGGUCCGAGCGCGGGCAGCGGUGCAAAGAGGCCCGUCUUCUUCAGCCGGUCACCUGUCGACACCCUGCUCGCCGUCUGCGCCCGUUCCCGCGAGCCAGCACGCCGCGCGUACCUGCGUGCCCACGUGACGUCACGCCCCUCGCUCGCACCCCUCGGUGCGUUCCUUCACGGAGAGCGACACCUGGCGGCGGGUUGAGGGGCGCUAACCGGAAGCUGGUUUUCGGCAGCUUUAUUUUGUAACAGGAAAAUGCCUCGUUGAAUGUGGACGACACGCUGCUCUUGGUAACGUUCUCCAGCAGCUCGCUCCAUGGAUCUGGCUCUAAAUCCAGAUGAUGUCAGACACUGACAGAUAUGAAUGAUGUUUUCCUGAGAUUAUUGGCUUUAUAAUCCAAAUACAUAUUGUAGUGGCUAAAGUUCCCUUUUUACUUUCGGCAGUUGCUUCUUCAGGUCUUCAUUCAUUUAACCACCCCAAAACGGAAAGAACGAGUCUACGCGUGUUUAAUGUGUUGAACAACGGUAGAAAACAGUGUGUUCGCUCCGUUCGCUUUACUGACAGAUCUGACAGAGGACAAUUACACCGCGUUUUCUCGCCUCGUCAAAGCACAGGUGCCUUACGUCAUAAGUCAGUGCGCUCACUCGCGUCACUUCUAUGUAUGACGCCAAGCAUGUACACUAAACCUGUAUUAACUAACAUGCAAAUUAUGAGUACAAUUAUGUAAUCACAGUGUAAUUAUACUUAUGAUAUAAUAAAUCGUCAAUAAACAUGAAUCAAAAUAAUAUCGAUCUAAAUCUAAAUUACAACAUGGAAAAUGGCACUAACACAUAUACUUUUAGGAUUCUUGCACAUCUUGCCAAAUUUUUGGUCUAUUUUGCAUCUGUUUCCUGUUUGUAGGUUUAAGAAGAUAAUGUACUUAAUAUCUCUGGAACAAUCUGAGGGGGUUUACAGCUUUUGUGUCAUAAGAAAUCACGCUUGAAGUAAUUUUUUGAUCAUAUCUUGGAUCAUAUUCGUAAAAUGAAUAAAUGCGUCAUAAAUGUAGGUGGUCGAUAUCAACGUGAAAGGCAUCUCUGGAUACAAAGGAUUUCGCCGUAUUUCACGGUUAAUUUUUUCCCAGGAGACAUUAAGUGUUUUCCGGCACUUCAUUGUUGUCAUAUUGUUGUAGUUUGGAUAUUUGGACAAUCGGUUUUGCCACUUUUGGUACAGUUCACUUUAAGAGGGGAAGGGGAAGUUAGAAAACAAUAUCUUGAGUUGUCUAGUGAGCCUCCUUAUCCACAUUUGUUACGUUUAGAAAAGAUGGAAAGUAAUAAAAGACGGAAAUAGCGAAUUCUAUAAACUUUUAUUUUGAAGGUUUCCCUGUAAGCCACAGAGAACCCGGAUGUUGGUCUCAGACCGAUCGGCCGCAGCAUCAGCAGCGUGUCUCCGUCGUGUUGAUCAAGUAUCAGUUGUCUCCAUCAGUCCUGAUCCGGAUCCACCAGAGUCUCUGCACGUCCGGAUGAACCUCUGAUGGACUUUCAGCUGCUCACCUUUUGUUCUGGAUCUUGUUCCUCUGACUCAUCAUCAAGCUAUAGAGGUUAGCUUAGCACGCUAGCUGGAAGUUAGCGGCACGGUGCUAGUCCGAGUUUAACGGAGAACCAACGGUGUUUAUCUGGAGGACACGUGUCUGAGAUUCAGUCAAGAUGUCCAACGUCCAAAUGCUGAGAUGUUUACUGAAGCAGCGAAUCACCGAGGACGCCGAAGAGACAUUUGGGCUGUUUGAAAGAACGAUAGCAGAGUACGAGGAGGAAGCUUCUGGAUUAAAAGAGGACAACGAGGGACUAAAGAAACGUCUGCGAGCUGUUUUCAACCCAGAAGUCCGCGUUCACAGAGCAGACCUCCUGCAGAUGUUCGUGGUUAAAGAGGAGCAGCAGGAGGGGAGCUCUAGUCUAGACCAGGAUGACCCAGAGUCCCCCCUUAUCAAAGAAGAGCUGCUUCAAGGGCUGGACGAGGCUGACAUGAAGGUCUCAUUCACUCUUGUGAAAAAUGAAGAUAAUGAAGAGGAAGCUCAGUCCUCACAGCUUCAUCAGAGACAAACUGAACAGAUGGAGACAGAAGGUGAUGCAGAGGACUGUGGAGGACCAGAACCAGACAGGAACCCGGGUCCAGAUGGUCCUCCAGAACCAGAUACUGAUGACGAAACUGAGGACUCAUCUGAACCAGAUACUGACGACAUUGAUGAUUGGAAUGAGACCAGAGAACCUCACUCAGGUUUAAACUCUCCUAAUAAUGAUAACGGUUCCGUCAGUGAGUCAAGAUGUAGAACAAGUGAGAAACCUUUGAUCUGUUCUGAAUGUAAGAAAACAUUUCGUUGCAUUAAAGAGCUGAAGAGACACAUGAUGAGCCACACAUCAGAGAAACCUUUCAGCUGCUCGGAGUGUGGUAACUGUUUCACUGCAAGCGGAAGUCUAAAGACUCACAUGAGAUGUCACACAGGGGAGAAACCUUUCAGCUGCUCACAGUGUGGUAACUGUUUCGCUCAAAACAAACACCUGAAGACGCAUAUGAGGUGUCACACAGGGGAGAAACCUUUCAGCUGCUCACAGUGUGGUAAACGUUUCACUGCAAGCGGAAGUCUAAAGACUCACAUGAGAUGUCACACAGGGGAGAAACCUUUCAGCUGCUCACGGUGUGGUAACUGUUUUGCUCAAAACGAACACCUGAAGCUACAUAUGAGGUGUCACACAGGGGAGAAACCUUUCAGCUGCUCACAGUGUGGUAAAUGUUUCACUACAAGCGGAAGUCUAAAGACUCACAUGAGAUGUCACACAGGGGAGAAACCUUUCAGCUGCUCACAGUGUGGUAACUGUUUCGCUCAAAACAAACACCUGAAGAUACAUAUGAGGUGUCACACAGGAGAGAAACCUUUCAGCUGCUCACAGUGUGGUAAACGUUUCACUGCAAGCGGAAAUCUGAAGACUCACAUGAGAUGUCACACAGGGGAGAAACCUUUCAGCUGCACAGAGUGUGGUAAAUGUUUCACUCUAAGAGGAAAUCUGAAGACACACAUGAGGUGUCACACAGGGGAGAAACCUUUCAGCUGCUCACAGUGUGGUAAACGUUUUACUGCAAGCGGAAGUCUAAAGACUCACAUGAGGUGUCACACAGGGGAGAAACCUUUCAGCUGCUCACAGUGUGGUAAAUGUUUCACUGCAAGCGGACGUCUAAAGACUCACAUGAGAUGUCACACAGGGGAGAAACCUUUCAGCUGCUCGGAGUGUGGUAAAUGUUUCGCUCUAAGUGAAAAUCUGAAGGUACACAUGAGAUGUCACACAGGGGAGAAACCUUUCAGCUGCCCAGAGUGUGGUAAAUGUUUCAAUCUAAGUGGAAAUCUGAAGACACACAUGAGAUGUCACACAGGGGAGAAACCUUUCAGCUGUGCAGAGUGUGGUAAAUGUUUCGCUCUAAGUGAAAAUCUGAAGGUACACAUGAGAUGUCACACAGGGGAGAAACCUUUCAGCUGCCCAGAGUGUGGUAAAUGUUUCACUCUAAGUGGAAAUCUGAAGACACACAUGAGAUGUCACACAGGGGAGAAACCUUUCAGCUGUGCAGAGUGUGGUAAAUGUUUCAGACAUGGUGGAACACUGAGGAAGCAUCAAUGUCAAACUGUAAAAGUCCACAUGCAAACUCACACAGAUGAGAAUCCUCUUUAGCCCCUUUACCCAAUCAGUACCCUCUCUUGGUUACAUCAUUGUUGCCCAUGUGAGUUUUGACAUGGAAACUCAUCCACGGAGGCUCUCACCUCCCUGGCUGAUGGAGCUCAACCUCCUGCAAAGAUUUCAUUUUUUAAAAUGUUUGUGAAGACAGAGAUUAUGUGCUAGCUCAAAGAGGCCGCCGAGGAUUGAGAGAGCAUCCGUACCCUCUUACCAUUGAAGAGUUUAAUAUAUGGUUCCCCCUCGUGUUCUUUGUUCAGUGGUGUGACUGGCCCGCUCUGCAAAAAGUGUCUAGUCAGAUUGACAAAUCUAUCCAGAGAGACAGCGUCAGCAAGGCUUACGGGGCUGUUAGAAAACGUCUUGUUUACGACAAUACACCGAGCGGUGUGCAACCUGGUAUGUCUACUACCAUGUGUAGACCGAAAAUAAUUCACCCCUCAACCAUCUAAAAGAAUGACAGGUGGUAGAAAAUAAGUUCUGUGAACCUGACGAGGUGUUUAAGGAUACUGCACGGUUCCUAGAAUACCUUGGAAUCAGGGUGCUACAUCUGUUGAACAAGGUCUGGGUUAAAUAUAAUAUAGAGAUCUGCUACGGCUGUCAAACAAAUAAUCCCAGUCAGACAAACUAUCCGUGUUUAUACCCAUGUGACUGGUUCACAGAACUACACUUUGAUCUGCUGAUGAAAAGGCUCUGGAAUGAGAACUUCAUAUCCGCCAUCCUACUGUUUAUGGAUAUGAAUGACCUUCAAGUCGAUGCAGACCGCGUCCAGGGGGGUGCGGAAGUACUUCUUGACGAGCUGAAAUCUGGAGGCAAUGCGGCUGAAAGUAUCCAGAAAAUGUAUGAUACACUGAUCGGGGAAGAUGAACUCAAAAUGAACCAACUGAAAAAGCUUGGCAGGUUGUGGGGAGAAGUAUCAAACCCGUAUGAAGCGUGGGAGGUACCCGAUGAUGAUGAUGAUGAUGAUGAUGAUGCGACAGACAUUGAUGUGUAAAAACAAUCAAACAUGCUAAAAAAAAAAAAAUGAAAUCGAAAAUGAAUGAAGUUUUCUGAGUGUUUUUAUAACUGAAAAUGUAUUUUGGUUUUUGCAGUGGGGCGAGAUACUACUAUACUAUCAAUCUGCUUGUCACAUGUUGUACAAGAGAAAUAAAAUAUGUUGUAACGAA